UUUAUGAGCAUGUACAGUUACGUAUAAAAAAAUACAAACGUAUUUAAAACGUAUAAAUACCGGAAAGAGAGUGGGAAAAAGUAAAUAAGGUAGGAGUGGGGAUAUCUAUAUAGAGAGAGAGAGGAAGAAACGGGAGCUUUUAGUAGUAGUAAUAAUCAAGUGACGCUUUCGCCCCUUAUUCAAUGCUUUACCAAACUCCCUAUCCUCAACCCUUUCAAUUUCAUCAUCCUUUGCCUUCUUCCUUCUCCCCUCUCCUUGCAGUUCCAACCACACCACCUCCUCUCUAUCUCCCUUUCCCUCAGGCCGAAAAAGAAAUGGAGUGCGUGGAGGCAGCGUUGAAGAGCAAUUAUAGGAAAGAAAUGACCUUAAAACUGAGCCCACAAACCUUCACGGAAGAGGUUAGUGUCCAAAACGGCACAACCUGCGACGACUUUUUCGUUAACGACCUCCUUGACUUCUCUCACGUCGAAGAAGAACCCGAACAACAAGAAGACACUCCUUGUGUCUCCCUUCAGCAUGAAAACCCAAGCCACGAGCCCUGUACUUUCAAAGACGAUUAUGCCUCUGUGCCCACUAGCGAGCUUAGCGUCUUGGCGGAUGACUUGGCGGACUUGGAGUGGCUGUCUCAUUUCGUGGAGGAUUCCUUCUCGGAAUUCUCUGCGGCCUUCCCCACCGUAACGGAGAACCCAACAGCAUGCCUUAAAGAGGCAGAGCCUGAACCGGAAAUCCCGGUUUUCUCUUUCAAAACCCCGGUUCAGACCAAAGCAAGAAGCAAGCGAACCAGAAACGGUCUUCGUGUUUGGCCAUUCGGUUCACCUUCCUUCACCGAUUCUUCCUCAAGCUCCACCACCUCUUCCUCUUCCUCUUCUUCACCCUCUAGCCCCUUGCUAAUUUACACCCAAAGCCUCGACCACCUGUGCUCCGAGCCAAAUACCAAAAAAAUGAAGAAAAAACCCUCUUCCGAUACCCUGGCGCCGCGAAGGUGCAGUCAUUGCGGCGUGCAGAAAACCCCUCAGUGGAGAACUGGGCCGCUAGGCCCAAAAACACUAUGCAACGCGUGUGGGGUCCGCUUCAAGUCGGGCCGGCUCUUACCCGAAUACAGGCCUGCUUGUAGCCCAACAUUUUCAAGUGAAUUUCACUCGAACCAUCAUCGUAAAGUGCUCGAGAUGCGGCAAAAGAAGGAGACAGUUUCUGUGGAUGAGACUGGUUUUGCCCCUGCUCAUGUUGUUCCCAGUUUCUGAUUCUUUUUAUUACAUAAGAAAAGAAAAGAAAAAAAAAAACUAGGUGCUGUAGUGAUUGAUUACUCAGAUUAGAGAAAGGUAGCGCAGACUUUAGACCCGGUUCAAUGGGACCCGAGUUAGUGUACAUUUUUUUCCCUUGUAUUGAGUGCGGUAUGUGUUAGCUUUUGUAACCCAUUAGGAGACUUUGAUAUGUAAUGCAAGUCCUUUUACCUUUUAUUUUUAUUUUUCAUUUUUAAUUUGAACAUAUUUAAUGUAAUGUAAUAAUGGGUAUGGGGUGGUUUGGGUUAGUGGUUUUACAAAUUGAAAUGAAACUGGGUGGCCGUUUAGAGGCAUGAACAUUGUGAACGAAA